AUACAAUUUGUAUUCGUCGUCGCGUUAGGACGUACGUUCGAUUUUUUCUGCAUGCAUUUUAUUUAUGAAAACUGUUUUAUAAGUUUUUUUUAUUGAAAAAACAAAGAUUAUCAAAACUUAAAUAGUAGAAAUACAAACUGUUUUAGUAAGUGAAAAUUUAUUUUCAUUCAUAACUGUAAAUUGUUAAUGUUCAAAUGAAAACGAAUUUUGUCGCGAAAGUAAAACGAAACAUAAUAAAUCAAAUACGAUAAACUAGUUUAGUGAAAAUUUUCGGAAAAUGAUUGAUUAUAUAACAAACUUUGCUACUGUAAAAAAUGUAAAAAACUUCAUACACCAUUUGAUCUGAUCGUUGUGCCGUCAUAAAAUAAAUGUAACAAAAUCACAUACCUACACUUCAAAGUUUAUUUAUAAAAUAUUUGAAAAUAAAAAAACACAACAACACAAUUGCAUAAAAUUAUCUUAAGAGGAAAAAUAAGCAAACAUAAAAAGAAACAAUAUUUUCCAACGUUUUGAUAUCAUUAACACAUAAUCAGCGCUGGUCGUGGCGCAAAAGAUACUUUGUACUCAUAGCAUAACACAUUAAGUUGGAUUGGAGCAGUACUGCAAGCAAUGGUUCGUGAAAUUUUUUAUUUUGUUCCCAGUCGGCAGUAGAGAAGCACAGCAUAGAGCAUGCAAACAGAAUUAACUAAGCAGCAGCCUAUUAAACGACCCAGCAACAGCAAGACGGAUGCACAGCCACAAUAUCAUCAUCAUCAGCAGCAGCAGCAUCAGCAACAGCAGCAGCAUCAGCAACAGCAACAAAGGUGAAGAAGCGAUGUACGACAGUGCAACGAACAAUACCAGACAUCACAAUUGAACAGGCAAGCUGGUGGAUGCUUGAGGUGGCUUCUUCGGAGAAGUAUCUAGACCAAUACGAUUUUUUUGGUAAGACACGGCCGUUCUACUAGGCACAGUAGGAAGUAGCUAUUGCUGUUGACAGCUAAAGAACAUAACAUACCAUUUGAUUUUUGCCAGGAACGCUAUAAACAAACAUUGCGGGCACGGAAUUACAAUAGUUUGGAAAAGUUCUUAUAAUAAAUAGUUUUAAUGAAGGAAGAGUAGCGAACUACUUUGACUCGAAUUUGAUUCGCACACUGACGCUGUAACAGUUGAAUGUACUUAAAAAAUACUAAAAUUUCUAAAAACAAAAAAAAAGGCACGUACUUUAAGCGCCAUUGUGCAAAUUUAACACAACUUAACAAAGAGUUAGAUUACAGAACAGACACACUUUGUGCAUCUAAUUUGCAUCCAAACUGCACCUUGUGCACUACUCAAAUAUUCGUACAUUGAAAUAAAAUAGACAUUGUAAAAUAGCGUGGAGGAAAAGUAACAAAUUGAAAAACACGCUUUCAAAGAACGUGACUCUUAAGGUAAACAUUUAAAUAAUAUAAAAAUCAUUAUCGACGAUCACUUAUCCGCUAACGCCAUUUCAUCCAACUUCGUCGUGUUGUAUGAACACCACAAUCAACAACAACAAAAUCAAUCUCAUUGCUAAAUGAAGCGUAAUAACACUUGCAUUAUUUUACAAAAUAUUUCCCAGUAGUUUCGUUGUCAUCAUAUCAACUUACAACAAGUAGACUCGGCGUGCUUACAACGAACAAUGGAUUUGGGCAGUGGUAGUGCAAAUGCUGCUGCUACUGCUAUCGUCGCACAUACCUCUACAAACUCAAACGCCGUGAUUGGCAUUGAAGGCUUACAAGCAGGAAGGUCAUUGGAUCGACAACACCAACACCAACAGCAACAGCAACACCAAAACCAAAACCAACAGCAGCAUCAAAUUAAACAUCAACAUCACCAAUAUCAUCAGUUGUCUCUGGAUGACAACGAUAAAUCCCCAUUAUCUAAUUGCUCAAUUGUUAGUAGUUCUAACUCGACAACGUCGUCUGAACCUCAUUACAGUGAAAACGUACGACGUCAAUUGCCAACUGGCUUGAAUUUAUUGCCACAUCAAGGCAGUGCAUCCUCUACAAAAACUUGUGAAGUUGAUGUAGGAGAUGAGGAACGUGAUACAUAUUCCCCAAUUAGCAGCAGCUUAAGUAAUACACCAAGUGAUGCCGCGGCUCCAACUGCAGGAACAAGUUUAAGUGGCAUUUGUAAUGGUAAUGGCACAACAAAUGUGACAGUUGACAAUAAAAUAUAUGAUGGUUCGCCUCUCCAACCACUUACAUUAAAAUCCAAAGUUAGCAACGGUAUAAGCAGUAACGCAUUGCCCGCUGCCAGCAAAGAAGAAAAACAAAGACAAAACGAAGAGAUUGUUAUAAUGGAAACAUCGUCCAUAUCAUCUGAGACUGGUUCUUGGGAGUCGGUGUUUCCGCAUAAUGCAGUAGCUGCAGCCAAUAUAUCGCAAUUACCACCUGUCACAUCAUCUAACAUUUGUGAUGCUGACUUACGUGAUUGUUGUACUGAAUUUUUAUAUAAUGAACGCAAAGAACCAACAGAGGAAACUGAGCAGUAUGCACAUGUGCCGAGAGAUGAGAGUAAUUUAAAUAAUCUCAAAGAACCAGAUAUUAUGCCAUUUUUACGUGAACGUACUUAUUCUGCUGGCGCAACAGUUACUGCUGAUACAAGUUCCCUGUUCACAGGUAUAAGUGCCUCCUCAUUGUUGCGUGAUUUUGAAAAACGCGAAAAUCCACUCUCAACGUCUGGCACAAGUGCUUGUUUUAUAGACGCAUCAUCCUUACGUGAUGAAGAUGAGGUACUAUCGUUUCCUAGUUUGGAUGGUCAUCAAUCAAAUGAUGAACUAGAUACACAACCUUUUCAUCAAUCUAAAGAAAAAGAUGUUGAGAUUGAUGUUGAGGGAGAUUCUCCUACUAAAAAACUCGAAACAUUCCACAAAGCAUUCGCCAAAUGUAAAGUAAAAUCUAAAGAAUUAAUCGAUAACCCAAAUAAUCCUGUAGAUGUAUCAAAUUUGAGUUCAGGCUCUAAUUCGAGUGCAGAAUCCCCAUUAAAGCCGUUAUCAGUCGCAUCAGCAUCGCCUACAAACAAUCUUUCGGAUGAAGAAAAACUUUGGAAACGCGAACAUGGCAUACAAAAAAAUCAAUUUUCAUGUGAGUUGAGAGAGAAAGAAAAUGGUCGCUCUCAGCAGCAACAACAAAGUCAACAGCAUUGUUCUGCUCAUGAAGACGCAACGGAAGCGUCAGUUUCUUUAGCUGCGGAUGUCGAUUCCUCAGAUUCAUCAGAGAUUGUCAAACUACGUAGAGAACAAGAACGUAAACAUGGCCCAUAUGUUUUUCAACAUAAUAUGCAACAUUUUAGCAUCCAUCCAUUAGCAGUUAGUCCCAAGUUUGCACCUUUAUCAUCAGCAGCUGCUAAUGGGACACAUCCAAGUGUUGCGCACACUGCACAUAGUGAUCUCAGCUACACCACAGAUUAUUCGUCAUCUAGUCCAGCUCCAAGUCUUGUUUGGUCAGAACAUGAACAACGACCGAGUACCGUUGGACGACAUCAUAAUGAAGAUUAUGAUUCACAUAUACAAAAACCAUCAAUAUUACCUGAUACGCCGCACAAUUCUAUUGUCCACAUUGAUCCUGGUUCCAGUAAUACUUCUUCCAUACAUCGUGACUAUACCUUAUCCUCAUCUCUCUCACAUCAGCGCGAUUCUGGUGCCUACUGUAGUGAUGCAACAGAUUCCCCAAUACCAAUGCCGCGUACCCCAAAGCGUUCCAAGUUCGAUGAAGCGAAUCCAAUUAUUUCAGGUGGUGUAUCUAUAAAAGACUUUACCAUUAAGCAAUGCGAAAGUCCACCAAUAAAACGCAGAACCGAUACCUGCCCAAUAGUUUCAGGUGGUUUCAUUUCAUUAGACUUUGAGGCAACCAAACCACAAGAUGAAGAAGAUGAAGAGGUGGAAUUGCGUGCGAAACCAAAAACUCGUAAACCUAUACCAGGAAUAGCUUCGUGGGUGGUUGAUAUGAGUGAUUGCAGACCAGAGAGACGUAGAAGUACAAGUUCAACAUCCAGCAUAGAUGCUUUGCCAGUUAAAUUUCGAGAACGUUCUGAUUCAAAUAGUUCGCAUAAAAGUGGAUGUGGUUUUUAUGUAUCUUUAGAUGAUAUGGAUAAGAAACCUGAGGAUCCUAAUGUUUCUGAGGCAAAAGCAGAAAUGAGCAAAUCAUAUACAGCACCUAAGUCUACGGGUUUCUUUGUAAAUCUUUCGAGUAGCGAAUGCAAAGCAAAAGACGCUCCAGUUGAAGAAGUUUCAGAUCAAAACUCCGGAGAUAAGAAAAAUAUAUUCAGUAUGUUUAUUGACAUUGGGGAAAAGAAACCGGUUUCAAAUGGUAAUGGUAAACGUGAGCCAUUCAGCUUAGCUCAACGGCUCUCCAGUUCAUUUACUUCAAACCAACGUCGUAUAGACGAACCCCUAAAGUCUAGCGCAAGUUCAACUGAAACACUGAUGUCAAAAAGUAAUAACUUUAAAACCGUAGUAGAAAAUGAAAAUGGUGAAAGUAAGUCUCUUGAUUAUAAAUGUAAUAUUGAACCUCCAAUCACCGUGGCUGCCAUACGGCGAAUUUCUCAGCAGCAGCGUGCUCAAAGUGAAGCUGCCAAACGACAUUCUUGGAGCAACAAUCAAACCAAAGACGGCACAACUCAUGAUUAUAAACGCUCUAUUAGUUUAACCGCUAAUGGAGAUGCCAAAGAUAGCAAUAGUAACGGACUGAUGAGUAUUAUAGAUAAGAUCCCUCUAAUAUCAAAAACUUCCUCAUUGUCUGUCGACAGUUCAUUGUCGCCCUAUGAUGAUUAUACAGGUUCCAAGUCUGGUUUAAGUACGAGCUCAAAUAAUUCAGCACGCAAUUCGAUGUCUGGUGGUGAACGUGAGGAAGAUGCGGUAAAUGGCGGUAUUGCCACCAGAAUUAAAAAGCGACGUCGCGAUGUACAAAUCAACGAAACUUUCGAUAAAAGUAGUCUCGCUUCAAUAACCGAUGGUGUACUUUCCAAAGAUCUGUCACCAGGGUCAACUACAGACACAGACGAUUUAACUUUCCAACAAGAUGAGGAGUUAGCAACUCGCGAAGUAGGACUACAACAAGUACCACCUCCACAAAUUCCGUCAAACCGAUCAUCUGCAAUAAUUAUGGAAACUAUCAUUGAGGCCAAAGAGACAUCAUCUCCUAAGAAGUCCGCAUCAAGUCAUACAAUGGAAUCGUUACAUGCAACUAUAGAAAAACAAAAAAUGCUUUUGGAAACCGUCAAUGAAAAUGCUGAAACUGAAAAGUCUGCUUUUGUAAAGUUAUCCGAUAUGGAUAAACCAGUCAAGUUUGAACUACAGUCACCCGACACAAUGAGUAAAAGUGUAGGAAAUCACCGUCAAAUAAAUCGACUUUUCCAAAAUGAAUCGAAAACACGACCACAUUCUUGGACUAUGACACGUUCCACAGGCAAUAGUUUUUUGAAUAUAACUAACUCAGUGGAUAAUUUACGUAGUUUGUCACGUUUGUUUCCAAACUUUUCGAAAGAGUUCUCCAACUCAUUGCCACACGACUUUGCACUUGAACAAAACGAUUAUAUACAAACUGAUAUAAGUGCAGAUUCAAGUCUUGCGUCUAGUUUCAGUCGCUCUGGCAUGGAUGAGUCUUCCAUUUCUUGCCGGCAACCACGACGACUUGGUGAAGAUUUGUUAAAAAUGUUCCUGCAAGAAAUUGCAACCGACAUGAUUGUAGAGGUAAACGGGCGUCGUAUCAAAGCACACAAAUGCAUACUACGAUCACGCUGUCAAUACUUUGCCGCAAUGCUAGCUGGGAAUUCCAAUCAAAGUGUCGUCUCAUUGCAAGGGUACUCUUAUUCUGCAGUUCAUUUCGCGUUAUGUCACAUCUAUUCGGGAGCUUCGCAUCCACCCGACGGUAUUAGCUUAAUGGAGCUGGCUGCGUUGGCUGACCUAUUGGGUCUGGAAGGAUUGAAGGAAGUAACCGCGCAUGCAUUGAAAACAAAUUAUUGUCAUAACUUCCAUAAGCCGUGUUCGGGAUGCAUUGACGGUAUACUGCAGGUAUUGCCAGUUGCAUUGAAUCAUGCUUUGGAUGAUUUGUACCGCAAGUGUUUACGUUGGACUUGUAGACAUUAUUUGAAGGUGUGGCCAACACGACAAUUUGCACAAUUACCACCAGAUAUCUUGGGCCGAUGUCGGCAGCAAAUAGUAGCUUAUUUGACGUCGGAGAGUGUACUCGAUACUGUACUCGACUGCGACAAUUUAGUUGCCCAGCUAUCAUCCUAUAGGUGGGGCGGCAUUUGCGAAAAUCUUGUGAGAGAUAUUUUGGAAGCAGCCUAUGCUUACAUUGCUGAUCAUUUUGCUAGUCUAAUUGCAAGCGAUGCUUUCCUUUCACUCGGACAUGAUCGAAGUUGUCAUAUACCGCGCUUGGAGGAUGUUCUACUACGUACAGCCUCGUCGCUGACUCCUGAUCAAGCUUGCCGUAGUUAUCAGCGUGUGACACGUUUGAACACAGUAUUACAAGCUAAGGUACUACAAAUGCCUGCAAAUUUAGCCAGCUUGGCUAAAGAACUGCAAGGCUUACAAGAAGAAGAUCUUGACUGGGAUCCCGAAUAUAUUCGAUUAGUGAGCGCCAUACUAUCAGCUGUGGAACAAUGUCUAAUACGACAGUGCUCACGUGCAAUGCGUGUUACUGCCUGGCAACGUAUGGAUUUAGAUUUGCGUAAGAAAAUCCAAACUUUAGCAAGACUAGAGCCAAUAGACAUUAAGCGUAGCAAACCAGUAUCAAAGGCGUUUUCAUUUGGUGGAAAUACAAGAAAUCAAGAUCUAUAUCAGGUAAAGUUAGCCAUACAAGCGCAUACGAAACGUGCUUUAGCGCAGGAUACACAGUUAUACAAAGCAACACAAACACAGGAUGCCGCGAAUGUGCAAACAGCCGAACGUGGUGUACAAGCAAAUCAUGAUUUGAGAGAAGGUAACAGUCGAAUAUUGAAGUCCAACUCUCGUGCACAUGUGCCGCAAGCCCUUCGUGCCAGUUCACAAAGUGCUAAUGUCUCUGAACGCAAUAGCAUUAAUACUGCACACAGGCGUACACAAUCUGAAGCACCCAUACCAACCACAAAGAAGGUAGCAAAAGAAGCAAUUAUAGAAACAAAAUCUAACGAGUCCACAAAACAAAAAGUACCUCGUUUGGCUGAUAUACGACCGCGUUAUCUAGAACCACGUAAAGCUCGCACAGUAAUUGUUAAUGGCUCUACCGGGCCAAUACGUAGUGCCACCAGUUCAAGCAUACCAGCAACAAAAGGAAAAGGUCAUCAUUUAUCAUCUAGUGACAGUUCACGUCAUUCUAGUCCAGCCGCUCGUAAAAAUGCGUUGAACGCAAAUAAAAUUGGUACAAAAUCGGCAAACAUGUCGCUAGAUAAUCUCUCUUCGUCUACGCGGCGUAGUAAGAAUUCUUUAGGCAAAUCAUCGGAUAACGAUCCGUGUAAUGAUUCUCUAAAUGAAAGCAUGAAAAGUUCUGUAAUAACCAACAAAACUAUUUCGCAUGAAUCUUUAUCAGGCGUUAACAAACUAUCUCGUUCGAAUCCAGUUAUACACAAUAACAAAAUAAUUGUGAAUAGACAAACUCAGAGUACCAAAAUGAAUAACACCAACAAAUCCCACAAUAGGCCCACAAGUAUAAACAAUAAGACAAGUCGUCAUUUGCAACAACAAAACAUUACCUCAAAUGGUUCUAGUCCAUCUUCGAUUAAUACUAACAAAUCUGCUGCAAGUCGUCUGUCGUCGGUUAGUUCAACGCAAUCUGCACGUGAUAUAUACAAACAACGCUCAAUUUCUGUGCCGGCACAAGAUGUCACAACGACGACUGCUGGUCAGCGUCGCAGUUUUCUUUCUGCAAAAUCACGUGAGAUACUCGCUAAGCGCGCUGAAAAAAAUAAACAACAACAGCAGCAGCAAUUGCAGCAACAGACUAACAGUUCAGGUGAUGAAAAGGUUACUCAUCACGUAACUGGACCAAUGCGUUCUGCUUCUCAUACAGCAGUUACCACGCUGAACAACAAUACACAAAAUCGAAACUCUUUACCCUCGAAUAUUCCAACACGGCGACCCAAUACAUUGCAUCUGAAGAAAACCAUUGGCAUAAACAAUAAAGUCAACAAUAGCAAUGCAAUAACAACAGCAAAUAAUAAAAACAAAAUCACCAGCAUCGCAGCAAAUGGAGUGUUCAAAGCAGCUCAGGCUGUUAAACAAAAAAUUGAUUUGCUCAUAGAUACAAAAGCCACAGUACCAGAUAUAGCACCUAUUUGCACAGAAUCGAAAUUGGAACGUUCGAGCACGUUUUGUAAAGAGAGUUCCGACCUCGAACUAAACGAAUUGCAGAUUAUUGAAUAGAUACACUGCAUAAUAAAAUCUCAAAUUUUAAUGAGGUUUAAUGUCAAAUAUCUAUGCGAAUAAUUUUGCAACAAA